CACCAAACACAGCUCAAGUUUACGCUUGGAAAGAAGGGCGAAGGAAGUCGUCGUCCUAUCAGUUUGUAUACGUCACGUGAAAAGCUUUGAAGAGAGAGUAAACACGUGCUCCGUUUUAUUCCACAGGCGUCGCUUGACGGGGAACCCUCUUCGCUACGAUUUUCAGGUGUUUCGUCGCAUCCCAACAAGAUUUACACAAGUGUCAUCAUGGCCGUUAGAUCAAUUGCAAGGGCAUUUUUCACUGGAUUGAAUCGUACUGCCUUAAUCAACAACAAGCCUCCAACAACAGGGUUUGGUCAAAAUUCUGCAAACCUGCUUCGCUUUUUGUCCUCUGAUACAGCAGCAUACACAGCAACGUAUGAUUUUGAAACACUUACUGUUACAGCACCAGACGACCAUAUUUUGCAUGUUGAGUUAAACAGGCCAGAAUGCUACAAUGCUAUGAAUAAAAUGUUUUGGAGGGAAAUGCUUGAUUGUUUCCGAAAGAUUCGUGAUGACAGAUAUUGUAGAGCAGUUAUUUUGUCAGGAUCAGGACAUCUUUUUUCUGCAGGUCUAGACUAUUCUGACAUGCAGGAUUUGACAUCACAAGUUGCAGGAAAAGGUGAUGUAGCUAGGAAAGCUAAGUUUCUAUUAUCAUUGAUUGCAAAGUACCAAGAAUCUUUCAAUGCGGUAGAAAAUUGUCAAAAACCUGUAAUUGCUGCCAUUCAUGGAAAGUGCAGUGGUGGAGGUGUGGAUCUCAUUUGUGCAUGUGAUAUCAGAUACUGCUCAGAAGAGGCAUUUUUUGAAAUAGAGGAAGUAGAUGUUGGAAUGGCUGCAGAUAUGGGAACAUUACAAAGAUUACCAAAAAUAGUAGGAAAUGACAGCUUGAUCAGAGAAUAUGCUUACAGUUGUGCCAAAAUAGAACCUGCUGAAGCAAAAACUAUCGGCUUGGUAGGAAAAGUUUUUCCCAGCAAGGAGGCAAUGAUGAAUGCUGCUUUAGGCCUUGCUAAGGUAAUAGCUUCGAAAAGUCCUGUUGCUGUACAAGGUACAAAAGUAGCCCUGAAUUUCUCAAGAGAUCAUAGUGUUCAAGAUGGGUUACAAUUUAUGACUUAUUGGAAUAUGACCAUGCUGCAAAGUGAAGAUGUUCUGAAAGCAGCUGAAGCAACAAUCAACAAAGCUGAUAAACCUCCUAAGUACUCAAAAUUGUAAAUGUUCAUGAUGAUGGAGUACUUUUUAAGGGCUUCAGGGUUACUGUUUUGCGCCAUUUUCCAAUUUGUUUUAUGUAUUAUCUUAAUUUCUGCUCAUUUGUCAUUCUCUAGCUUUGACAAAAGCAUCACUUGCUAAUGUUUUAAUCGACAUAAGAUUUAGAAAUGACUUUUCAUCGGGAUUUAAUUGUGCCUAAUGAAUAUGUAAUUUCCUCGAACUAUGUGUUUAUUGUAUGUUUUCUUUAACUUACCAGUAUUCGCUUUGUAAAAUAUGUUAACUAACGAAUGUGACUGUUCUGGGAAUUGAAUUUGUGUCAGCAUUUUAUUGUUGAAAUAAAAUGUAUUUUAAUAUGAAACUUUUUCUUAUAAAAAAGAAGAACAUAUGAACAACUAAUGGUUACUUUCAA